AUGGCUGAACUACUGGACGGCGUCGAGCUUAUCAAUCAAGAAGGAAAAAGGGUGAAAGCCGAAGAGCAUCUGAAAGGAAAGCUUGUCGGUCUCUACUUCAGUGCCGGAUGGUGUGGACCAUGUCGAAUGUUCACGCCAAAAUUGAAGAGAUUUUAUGAAAAAAUUGUUGGUGAAGACAAUAAGGACUUCGAGGUCGUGUUUGUCUCUCGUGAUCGUGAAGAGGAAGAUCUACUGGAAUACUUCAAUGAAAAGCAGGGGGAGUGGGUGACUAUUCCUUUUGGAGAUCAAAAGAUUAAGGAGUUGCUAGACAAAUACGAAGUGCAAACAAUCCCAGCUUUGCGAGUCAUCAAAUCCAAUGGGGAAAUCGUUGUCAACGAUGCACGCACUGAAGUUCAGGAAAAGGGACAAGAGGAUCCAGAAGCGCUUUUUGAAGAGUGGGAAGCGUUCAGCAUGUGCAACAUGUCCGAUGUGAUCCAGAAUUUCCUGGCUGGCGGUGUUGGAGGAGCAUGCACUGUGGUAGUAGGACAUCCUUUCGAUACAAUCAAAGUUCGCCUUCAAACGAUGCCAAGACCGGCACCUGGACAAAAACCCUUGUUUGCUGGGGCGUUCGAUUGUGCUCGGCAGACGGUCGUGAAGGAAGGAGUAUUUGCACUCUACAAGGGUAUGGCGGCGCCACUGGUUGGAGUGACGCCUUUGUUUGCUGUUUUCUUUGGAGGUUGCGCAGUUGGCAAAUGGUUGCAGCAAAAGAAUCCAGAAGACGAGUUGACAUUUGUUCAAAACAUGAACAGUGGUGCUUUGGCUGGAGUCUUCACGACAAUCAUUAUGGUCCCAGGAGAGCGAAUCAAGUGUCUUUUGCAGGUCCAACAAUCUGGGCACAGCCCAUCGGGGGUUCAAUAUAAAGGACCUCUCGAUGUUGUCAAGAAGCUUUGGAAGCAAGGAGGAAUUGCUUCGAUCUACAGAGGAACGGGCGCCACUUUGCUUCGAGAUAUCCCUGCCUCGGCUGCUUACUUAUCCGUUUACGAAUAUUUGAAAAAAGCGUUCAGUGGGGAGCAUGGAGAAGGAAAAAAUAAAAAGCUUUCUCCGGGAGCUACACUGAUGGCUGGUGGACUUGCUGGAAUUGCUAAUUGGUCAGUAUGCAUUCCUGCUGACGUAUUGAAGUCGAGAUUGCAAACAGCGCCGGAAGGGAAAUAUCCUGAUGGAAUUCGUGGUGUUUUGAGAGAAGUGUUGCGAGAAGAAGGACCCAAAGGACUUUUCAAGGGACUUACACCGAUCCUGCUUCGAGCUUUCCCAGCCAACGCAGCCUGCUUCUUCGGGCUUGAACUGACGCUCUCCCUUUUCAGACUUUUUGGU